ACAGGAGUUAUAUAGGAGGCCCCUAUAAACCCUUCCUUCCCCUCCACUCACCCCGCCUCCCUCGAAAACCCUAGUUCCUCCCCUGCGGCGCCGCCUCCUCCUUCGCUCGCUCUCGCCUCGAAAUCUCGAACAUGAGCCAGGAGGCGGUGAACCCGAAGGCGUACCCGCUGGCGGACGCGCAGCUGACGAUUAAUAUCCUCGAGAUCAUCCAGCAGGCCGCCAACUACAAGCAGCUCAAGAAGGGCGCCAACGAAGCGACGAAGACCCUGAACAGGGGGAUAUCGGAGUUCGUGGUGAUGGCGGCGGACACUGAGCCGCUCGAGAUCCUUCUCCACCUCCCCUUGCUAGCUGAGGAUAAGAACGUGCCAUAUGUGUUUGUUCCAUCAAAGCAAGCUCUUGGUCGUGCUUGUGGUGUGACAAGGCCGGUUAUUGCUUGCUCGGUGACCAGCAAUGAGGGUAGCCAGUUGAAACAGCCAAUUCAGAGUCUCAAGGACUCUAUUGAGAAGCUUCUCAUCUGAUUUACCAAAGACCUUUCAGUGUGAUGGGCCUCAGCGACACAUUUUUCAGAGGCUUGGACUGGUGAUGGUGUCUUGUUUACUAGAUUUUGUGCUUUCCGAACUAUGUUUGAAGACUGUUAAGUCGAUCAUACUUGAAUUUUGCUGCGUUAUCUUAUAUUCGUGACUGCCAUGUAAUUCUCAAGACGUCUGUAUCGUGGUGGCCGGUUUCUUUCUAGAUCCCGACCAUUGUUGUAACAGUUUAUGACUAUGGGGUUCGAGAAUUGAUAAUUUGGCUGGUUGCAACUUCAUGUGACCACUUGCAGCAGAAAAGGA